CGUACAUUAGAGUAAAGGAUACCUACUCCGUCGAGCAAGCGUACCGAGUACCUCGUGCCGACACCUCCACUUCGUGCGUGUACCUUGUAGCCGUGGCGCUCGUCUACUCUCUGCGCGGGAGCAAGGUAUAUGGCGACCGGGACAUCAUCAUCCAUCCGUCUCGCCGCCGCUUGAGAAUUUGACGUUUUUCUCGACCUUCUUUUUCUUCCCUCCUCUACGCGCAAGUCAACAGUCGGAGAGAAAAAGAGAGAGAGAGAGAGAUCCCCUCCUCCCCACCUCGCUCACACCGUCACCCCCGUCAAACCUCCAAGGCAGCGCAACCCGAAGAAAGAGGAGAGAGCAAAAAUAGCGGAAGCUCCAUCUCUGCCCAACGCGCUGAUCCCCGCCCCCUUCGAGUUCCAAGCCGACCCUUUGGGCAUCCGGGCGCAUUCGCAGAGUGGGAAAAUCCCAUUUCCCAAGUUUCAAGAACCACACAGCCGGGAACACUUCAAACCGCUCACCACAUCGGGUUCCCAAAGUCGAGUAAGAAGACUUCUCGAGCCGACUCGAAUCGAGCUUCCCGUCCCUCGCCGCGCGCCGCCGCCGCCGCGCCUCCUCUUCCGCCCUUCCACUCCCAGCAGACUCCUAGUCCCCUACCCUACCUUACUACUACGGAUACCUUCCUUGGUCCUUGGUCCUUGACACCCAAGAUAGGUUCUACAGAUACAUCCCCAAGUCUACGGAUACGGAUACCUCGACUCCCAACGACUUAGAUCCCCGACAUUGGGUUGCCAAGUACCUCUUCCUCCUCCUCCUCCUCCUACCUAACCACACUACUCCUCACCCUCACCCUCCUCUACUUGGUACUAUCCGUACCUCUCCGACUUUCACACCGACCUACCCUUCUUGUGCGUACUUCGUACACUUACGUUGCACUUCUCCGUACCGGUAUACCGUGGACCACCACUCUGUACCGUACAUACAACGUCUGUACAGACACGCCGCCAUCAGGAAGAGGAACCACCACGGCCCCAUGCUUUCAUCCAAACACUGAGAGCCUCCAAUUGUUGCUGCCCCAGACCCAGAACCCAACCUGAUCUCCGUUCCCCGUCCCGGCUUCCCUCAACUCACACAGGCUUCCUGCUUGAUUGAUUGCUUGGUCGCUUGGUUGCUCGCUUGUCCUUCUCGCUCCCUCCUAUCCUCGUCCCCGUCUACUGCUGCUCCCGUCUCUGCGUCGCGUUGCGUUGCGUUGCGCUGGCCCAGCUUUGAGAGAGAGACUACUGGACUGGACCGGACCGGAACUGGACGUCUGGCUCUUCUUCCUCGUUGCCCAUAGCUUUUCCAUGGCCGCCACCUUCUCCUCCUCGGAUCUGGCCUGACCCUAUUUUCGCUUCGUCUCUUGUUUUUUCAUAAGCAUUUGUACGUAUGUACAUAUAUAUCAAGCAUGGAUCCUCCGGGGCAGCCUGACAACAAACGCCCCCGUCUCUCGAGCACCAACUCGUGGUCACCAACUGGCGGACCGCAACACCAUCUACCACCACUCCACCCGCCGCCCUCGCACCCGUCGACGCCGCACCAACAACAUCCUCUUCCUCCUCACCAGCAACACGCGCCGCCGCCUGCGCCAUAUAACCACCAGCAGCAGCCGCCUCCGUACCCUCCUCGCUCCGUCGAGCCUCACCACGCUCCUCACCCGGCGCCGCAACAUCAUCCCGACGACCGACGACACCAUGAGCCAGAGUCUCCUUACACGCCCAUGCAGGACCACUAUCGACACCCGCCCUCACCUGCGCACCCGCCUUACCCACCGUUCCCAAACCGAGACCCUGGCGGCGUGAAGAGGGAGCCGCACGACGAGAACCUCUCUCACCCAAGAAGGCCUCACUCGACAGGAGGCGGGCCACAGGACGGCCUCCCUCCUCCGCCGCACUCUGCGCCGCCGCACCCCUCCCACCAACCGUACCCAGACGACUCUCGACGACACAUGAGCUACGAUAACGGGCCACAGCAGAUGCCCCCCACGCCGGGGGGCUACCGAAGCAGCUUCCCUCCUCCUCCUAUGGCUCAACCGCCUCCACCACCGCAGCAUUAUGAACAGCAACCGCAGUACCAACCGCAACCCCCUCCCGAGUCGAUAUACGCACAAUUCUCUUCCACCGCCAAGCGCAAGGCAACAAGAGCCUCUCAGGCUUGUGACAGCUGUCGGCAGCUAAAGGCGAAAUGUGACGAAACUAAGCCUUGCAAAAGUUGCAGAGAAAAGGGUGUCGAGUGUAAAUAUCGCGAUCCUAUUCCAAAGGCGUCAGUCGAGAUUGACAAGGGCCAAACCGACAUUUUGGAGGCGAUUUCUGAGAUGAAGAGCGCGAUGGAGGCCAAAUUCGAGGCGCAGAUUGCCGCCCAGCAAAGGUGGAUGCAAAACAUGGAGCAGAGGCUGAACAUGCACAACAUCAAGAUGGAAGCCGAAGCACCGCCGCUUUCAGAUGAUUCUCCCGACAAGUCGCUUGUUAAGUCACCGUCGCCAGUUGCCGCGCCGCCUGUGGAAACGUACCCUCAACCCGACGAAGAGAUGCACGAGCCGCAGCCCAUGGCUGUUGGCGAGACGGAUCUGGCCCACCAGAUUCACGAUACAGAUAUGGACAACGACGACGCGCCCGACAACCCUCCCGGACCACCUGUAGCGCCGGGUCCCCCUUCGAUCCCGGUAAACCACACAACCAGAGCCGACACCAUUUUAUUCUGGCCGGGCGUCAAGGAGAUGACCCAGGGAAUUUUGGAGAGGGAGAAUGUCAAGUACCCGCAAGAGUAUCCCAUCGCCCAGGAGGAGAAGCGCGGUGUUCUGCGACUGUACGGGCGUGGAGAAGGAAGCGGACAAGACUCCACCCGCGGCGUUACAAGCAUUGCGGCUUCGGAGGCCUUCGGCACAAUGGACGUCAUGGAGGACAACUUCUCCGAGACUGGAAACUCGCCCUCUCCUGGUGAGGCUUGGGGCCAAGUCGGAGGAUUGAGCCCGCCAACGAGCAUGGGAUACAUCAGCGGAACGCUUACACCCGAUGGCGCCCCUGACUUUUCCGAAGAAAAGGUCAAGGCAUACAUCACCAGCUUCGAGACCCAUGUCCUCACCUUGCACCCCAUCAUUCUCCCCGGCGACCUGAGAGUACUCGUCAAACGCUUCUUGGACAACAUUGCGCAAACCGAGAAGAAGCCCAAACCGACUGCACCUGGCGUCGCCAAGUUCGUUGCGCCGACGAGCAGCUACCCAGAAAUGUCAAACAAGCGGAAGCGGUCUUCGCCAGCAGUAGAUCAGCAGCAGGAAGAGACGAUACAGCUCCCUAAGAAGCCGGGCAGGCCGCAUAGGACCAUUGAAAAUGCCCUUGUGUUGGUCAUUCUCGCCUUGGGCAAGAUCUGCCUGCACCAGUCCAAGAUUCCGGACCUCCCCCGGGACAUGGUAGAACACAGCCAGAACUCUCCCAUGAACAGGAACGGUUAUCCAUCUUCCCCCGGUGCGCAGGCUUCGCCUCCGUCAUAUUCCUCGCAUUCGCAUUCCUCCGGGUUGCCUUCGCCAAAGGAGCAGGCCAAUAGUCUUCCCAGCAGACGGCCCUCACUGCAGGGCAGCGGCGCCGGCAGCAUGAAGGCCAACACAAUGAAGCGCAACUACGACAUUAUUCCUGGUUUGGAAUAUUUCGCCUAUGCCUCUGACAUUAUGGGCAACCACAUGGCUGGCUGGACGAUGAAGCACGCGCAGACUUUUAUCUUUGCUGGUCUGUACCAUGGCCAACUAGGCAGAGUAUUGGAGAGUGACGCCAUGUUCUUUAAUGCCGCACGAGCGUUGAACAUGAUCAUGCGCCGUGACAUGGACCGCUUCUCCAAGAUGAGUCUCGUGAAUCCCGUUGAGAAGAAGCGCGACAACAUGGUCCUCCUCGCAUACUGGAGCUGCCUGCAGCUCGAAAACGAUAUCAUUGCGGAACUUGAACUACCGCGAUCCAGAUGUCUCGACUACGAGCACAUUAUGCCGUGGCCUAAUAUGAAGCUCAUAGAGAACGAGACAUCUGUCAGAGUGCGAGACUCUUAUAUCGGACAGUUGUACCUGCGAAAGACGCUAAACACCAUUCACAACUUGCUCUACGAUCCCCAGGACAUUCACGUUUCGAUCAACGAGAAGAUGGCUAAAGUGCAGAACUUGGAGGAGCAGCUGAGAAGCAUGCAGUGGGUGUCAAAGGACUUCCACUUCAACGAGGACGAUGAACCAGCAAAGGAGCUCAUCGAUGCGCGGUUGCGUGCCAAGUACUGGGGCGCUCGAGUCAUCAUCUACCGGCCCUUUGUCAGAUUCGUAUUGGAGGUUUCGGACAGGCUGAAGCAACGCUCCGAUGGCUCAGGCAUGCUCAACAAGGAGACUGUGGGACACAUUGGCGUCUUCACCCAACACGACGCGACCGCUUUCGUGGGGCAAGGCUCUCACGGAAUCCGUCGGCACGAUGAGCUCGACCCAGAAGUCAAGGCAUACGCGGAAAGAGGUAUUAAGGCUCUCAUUCAGAGUACUAGGGCCUUCCACGGUGUCGACAGCAAGCGUCUUCUCGUCACCAACAUCUUUGGCACAGCCCAUGCGCAAUGGGGUAACCUCUUGAUCUUGGCAGCAGCCUUCAAGGACCCGUACUUGCACCAUCUCGUGUCAGCUGAAGAACUGAAGAUGCUGUUCCGACGCACCAUUAGCAUGCUCGAGAUGCAUGCCCAGUCAUCUAGCUCGCUAACGAUUGAUAUGCAUAUCCUUCAACACAUCGAGAAGGAGCUCUUCACCGAAAACCCGAGGGUUGGCUCCAGCAGCUUCGGCAGCACCAACAGCCACACGGGGCCGACGAUCCCCCCGCCUCCACCACCCUCGUCCGCACCACCGGCCCAUCACCACCACCAUCCGGGCCCCAUGUCUAUGGCAUCCUUCAUCGAACCUCACCACCGCAGCGCGAACAACUCUCCAAACCAGGGACACCGCUCGUUGAGCAACGGAUCCGUUCACGGUCACCCGCAGAACCACGGACACGGCUACCACGGGCAUCCUGGACACCCCGGACACCCUGGACACCCUAUGCAGAUGUAAAGAACGGUAACCCUCCCCACACGCAGCGACCUCUACCAAGGCGGAGAAACAGUACACGAAGAAGACUCCUCUGCGCGCGCUCGCGAUUUUCAAAUGACGACAGAAACACCGGGGACCGGGAUGGAAAUAUUUUGGUAUUAUGGAAAGCUUUUACAAAAGGCAACAAAUUAAUUGGGAGGAAUCAAAAUCUUGGGCGGAACGAAAUGCCAAUGUGUAUGCGCGGGCCAGAGGAAAAGGGAGACGGGACAGACGCUUCCCGCCCUCCGCUCUUGGUCAUGAAAUUCUUCAUACCCCAAACAACAAACAUCCAUGAACCGGCGUUUUGCGAAUUCGAAAUUCAUUUUUCAAACUUCAUUUCACGUACCUACUUGGAGAUCACCUUGACCCCUGGAAACCCCCCGGAAACCGGAAAAAAACAUUUUUUGUUAUAAAGGAACCCGCUAUACGAUUACGCAGUACAAAAAAAAACAAUCCUCGAAUUUCAUCACCUUUCACGGUAUUUUGACCGGAUCUCCCUUAGUUGUGUGACAGCUUAUAUUGCCUCCGUAUACGCAUUGGCGAGAGUGUGCUCUCUACUGGACCGAAAAUCUUUCAUCAAUCACGGCCGACGUGUCAGCGCCGCAAUAUAUAUAUACUCACGCUCGAACCUGGACGAUGAAGCCAACGGAUAAGGGAGGAAGGAAAGGGGAUGGAUCCGGAGGGACAGCAUUCUGGAGUGGUAGGUCGGCGGUCAAAGGGGG